AGUACCAAGUAGCUGGCUUGGUAGUUUGUAAAAAUCCACCAAGCCAGAUGUCUGGCGCAUAUCGUGGAAAUUUAUGAAGUUAUAAUUUUCGAUUUAAUGAAGUUAUAAUAGUUAUACUAAUAACCAAUACGGCCAGCCUACAGUCUUGCAGGAAGGUUACUUAGAUGACUUGUCGGCAAGAGGAGUGCGCAGCGUAAAAGAACCCACCGCAGGCAGAAUGCAGCCUGGUUCUGGGGCGUCGCCCGAGGUGGCACAGAGUGGCGGGGAUCGUGCCGAGCCAGUCCAGCUCCCGCCUAAGGAGACGGGAGCCUGUGACACGUUGGACCUUGUCAGCCCCAGGGCGCUGACCUUCGACCUCAUGAACAUGGUCAUCUCCUUCAAGCGCAUGGUGAUCUUCCUGGAGCCGGCCAACGACGCGAUCGACCUGGUGCGAUACCUGCUGGGGUGGAAGAUGCCCCUGUUUUCUCUGCUGUUCUGCAUCCUCCUCAACAUCCUCUUCCUCACCCUGACUGAAGUGGCCUGGUUCUGCCUCUGCCUGCUGGGCAUCUCCACCCCGGCCGCCCUGGGCUACCUGCAGGACCGCUGCCAGAGCGCAGCCAGCGAGGAGGCCCUGCAGCGGAAGAGGCACCACGCUGUGCAGAGGAGGGACCUGCAGACCGUGCACCUGACCAAACAGGAGGCCAUGCUGGAGGUUAAGGGCCUGCUGAAGCAGCUGGAUGAAAUCCUGUCCCAGGCCUGUGUCUCAGCAGAGUCAGUCUACAAAGUGCUGUACUGGGAGAACCAUCUGUCUUCCUCCAUUUUUUAUGGCAGCCUCUUGACGGCGCUGUGUCUCCUGUACACUGCCCCGUUGGGCUGGGUCCUGGCUACCUUCAACAGCGCCCUCUUCCUGUGGAACAGAGACUUCUGUCGAGUUCUCCUGGAGGUCAGAGAGAUCUUCCACCAGGGCCAGACGACCCCCAGCGAGGGGGAGGCCGAGAUCCCAGAGCCAGAGCCAGCCGGCUUCGUGGACCAGACCCCGACUCCUACCAGCAUGGAGGAUCUGUCCCCGGGCAGCAUCGAGGAGGCAGAGGAAGCCGAGCCUGACGAGGAGUUCAAAGACGCCAUCGAGGAGCCCCCCCUCGUCUCACCGGACACCCCCCUGGCCUUAGUGGAGGACGAUGACGUGCCCCCCGGCAUCCCCGAGUUUGACACUCUGUCCGACAACGGUCUCCUGAGCCGCAACGAGCCCAUCCGCAGCAAAGUGUCCAAGCUGACGGAGAAACUGCGCAAACGCUACCCCACCAACAACACCGGAAACUGCUCAAACUGUAAUGCCGCCUUCUCUGUGCUGAAGAAAAGGAGAAACUGCAGCAACUGCGGGAACAGCUUCUGCUCGCGCUGUUGCUCCUACAAAGUGCUCAAGUCCUGCAUGGGGGCCACAGCUCCCGAGGCCCAGAGGGAGACUGUGUUCGUCUGUGGCGCUUGCAGCCUGUCCCUCAGCAAGAAGGAAUAAAAGGGCACCCUCUCCGUGUGCACCCCUUCACCCCCAACUCCACCCUCCUGAAGCCUUCGUCAACUCAUCCCUCAGCUGGAUGGACUAAGAUAGGACUCUGUCUUUCAGUUUUUUACCAAACUACCCUUCCCUGCUCCACCCCCUCACCCAGAGUAAGAAGGACUAUGAGAGGACUCUUCUCCUUCAUUCCAGCGCCCCUGCCCCAACCCCCCACCCCCAAAGCUGUGUUUCUUCAGUGGGGGGGGGCGUCCCCACCGCUGGCAGGCCUGGGAUGGCCGUUGUCUGGCCUUCUUAUCCGAAAACACCCAGCCCCAUUCCCAAGGCUUCUCCCCGUGGCCUUGCUGUCAGCCUCGACGUCCAGCACCAGCUCGCACAACACGAAAACCACGGCUUCUUUUAACGGCUACACCCGGAGUUCCCUUUUGUGUUAUUUUAUUUGUUGAUUGUGACGUGCUGUCACAAGGGACAGGUCCCAAAAUGGCAGAACGUUUGUGUG